AUGUGGCGCAAAUUCGUACUCUCAGCAUGGAUAGUCACAUCCAUAUGCGUUCAUGUUGUUCAUAGUGAAGCGAAGAGUCCAGAAGAUGAGAAGUUUGGCGUUGUGCCGAGCAAAGGCUACGGUUGCACGAUGCUCGGUGUGUGCAGGAUAGAAGGGGGAUUGGCACAGAACUGUCCCAACGAAUCUGCACCUGUGCCGACAGAAGAUGUCGAGAUGGAAGCUCAGAUGAGGAAGCUUUGUCCGAGAUUGUUUUUGAGUAAGCACUUUUGUUUCAUUUCUGGAUUUUAGGUACCUCUUGCGGUAUGUCGCUUACUGGAAUGUCUAAUUUUUAAUUUUAAAGUUUACUUUACGAGUACUCAAAGAAAAUUAAAAAAUUGUAGUAUGUUAGUAUUUUUAAUUAUUUUUUAUUAAAAAAUUGUAAAAACCUUGACGUAUGAUAAUUUAGAUGACACAGUAUCUUUUUGUUGCGACGAUGAACAGUUCAGAAUAUUUCACAAAAGAAUGGAAACAGCGAGGCAGAUGCUGGUAAGAUGUCCUAGCUGUUUGUCCAACUUUAUGAACUUGUGGUGUCAGUUUACUUGUUCUCCAUAUCAAAGUAGAUUUGUUCGUUUAUUGGAAACAGGUAAACAGGAUGUAUUCUCAAAGAAGAACAGUAGCUACGCGAAGAAGGUGGAGUACUUUGUGGAUAAAAAAUAUGCUGACGACGUAUUUCAGUCUUGUAAAGGGGUAAGUUUGAUUUUUAGGUAACAAAGUAUAGAUUUUUAGAUAAAAAUUAGUUUUUAGGUAACUAAAUUUGGUUUUCUUUUAAUAUUAUUUGAUUUUUGAGUUUACGGCAAAAUUUUUGAUGUUUUUAUAUUUCAAAGAUUUUAGGUAACAAAAUAUUUUGUUUAGGUUCGUAUGUCAUCUGGAGACUUUGCCUUAAAAGCGAUGUGUGGUACUGAUGUGGAGAGUUGUACUCCUCAGAAAUGGUUCGAUUUUAUGGGUAAAGCGAACAAGAAUCUUGGAAUUCCUUUUGACAUUGAGUUUACAUUGACCCACGAUGAGACGAUUAUACGAAACCGAACAUACGACUACAUGAAGGCGAUUGCUUAUCCGUGUAACGCUCCGUCUGACAUGUCAUCAUCGGCUUGUGCAUGUCAGGAUUGUAACAACUCUUGUGUCUCUGAGUCGCCGUUCCCCAACUUGGAUGAGGUAUGGGUUGUUUAUAUUUUCAUGUUUAUAUUAUUCAAGAUUUAAAAGCAUUUUAUCUUUGUGGUUUUGAUAUAGGUUUUUAUUAGAUUUUAUGUAAAGUUGCAAGUAAAAUAAAAUGAAUUUACUUUAGAUAUCAUGCAAAGUAGCAACGAUGGACUGUCACGAUGCUUUUCACUUGGCUAUUUUGGGUUGUAUUUGUGCCCUAUUGAUGAUUGGUGUUGUUGCUAAGUACAUUUUUGAUAUCGCUGUAAAAGACGACAAUGACAAUAUUGAAGAUGCUGAUUUGAAAAAGUCAUUUUCUUUGGAUCGGCUUAUCCAAAAGUUGUUUAUCAGUUAUGCAAAGGUAUGUUCUGUCUUUAUUUUUAGCAAAAUAUUUUUUAAGAAAAUAAUAAAUAACUUACUGAGUAAAAACUUCUUUUUUAAUUUAGACGUUAAGAUAUAAGUUUGGCUUGAAGCUUUUGGGAAAUAUGGUUAAAGACAGGAUUUUAAUGUAAACGUAAUGUAAUAUUUUUAGCUGGUACUACGAAGGCACUCGAUUAUUUGUCUUGUAUUCGUCGUACUUGGUAUAAUAUGUUCUUUUGGGCUUCUGUUCGUAAACUUGACCACAGAAACCAAGUCUUUGUGGACAUCACCCUUCAGUUCGUCUAGAUUACAGGAGUCCUUUUUUGAAAAGAAUUUCAAGUACGUUUGUAUUAAUUUUUAAUUAUUGAAGGCCUUUAAGCUGAUUUUUACCUUUAUAUAGGUAAUCGUACAAUUAAAAUGUUGUUUCUUAUCAUAAUGUUAUUAUCGUUUUUGUCUGAACAAUAUUAUUUAGACCAUUCCAUCGUAUCGAACAAAUAAUAAUUACUCCGAAAGACACCAGACUGAUUGAAGUAGACACGUUUGACACUGAAGAAGAUGCUGGAAGUCCUGAUUUCUUGGGGCCAGUGUUCAGAGACACCUUCUUCAGAGAGUCAUUCUACUUGAAUCAAGAUAUAUUAGAACUGAAGACCAAGAAGAACAUCACGUUGGAAGAUGUCUGUUACAAACCUCUGGAGCCUGACAACAAUCAUUGUGCCAUUAUGUCGCCGUUCAACUACUUUCAGGUAAAGAAUGUUUUUUAAGGAUUUAUUGUUUUAUUUAUACCUAAAUUUCGUUUAUCUGCCUUUUUUUAAAUUUUGUUUAAAAACCAGAUGCAUUAUUUAUUGCAGAACAACAUAAAAGCCAUGGACAUUGAAAUCGACGGCGAAUUUUCGAUCUACGACUUCCGUACUCAUCUACAACAAUGUAUAAAGAACCCGUUUUCUAUGAAGACCAAAUUUAAGAUGAGUUGUUUCGGAGAGUUUGGAGGGCCAAUCCAGCCCUAUUUGGUGUUUGGUAACUUUGACAAAGGCUACGAAUCAGCGAAAGGGAUCAUGAUCACACUGUUGUUGAACAACUCCGUUAAUCCUCAAGAUAACAAGGCAGCUAUGGAAUGGGAAGAAGGGCUGAUCAAAUACUUAAAACGAGUCAAAAGCGACAUUUUUAGAAUAUCAUUCAUAUCACAGCGAUCUAUUGAGGUAACUACAUAUAUUUACACUUAAUCAUGAACAAUACAAUGACAUUAUUGAACUUAAAAAUAAUGAAAAAAUAUUUUAGGACGAAAUUCACCGUCAAGCGUCGUCUGAUGUGAUCAUUGUAGCUCUGAGUUACGUUUUUUUACUGUUCUACGUAUCAUUUGCUCUCAGUCAAUAUCAAGUACCAGUCAGCGACGACCUGUGUACCAUUUUGAUAAAUACGAAGCUUACUCUGGGAUUUGUGGGCAUAAUGGGAAUAGUGUUGGCUGUUACAAGGUGAGUCGACUAGCUUAUGUUACUGCUUCCAUUCUGUACUCAUAUAACAUGGUUUACCUUAUAUGUUAACAUUGAUCCAUAAGUUUCUUUAAUGAAUCUAUAAGUUUUACUGAACUUAUAAAAUUACAGUAACUUACAAUUGGUUUCUUGUAUGUUUGGAUGUUGAUUUGGUAUUACUGUAUAAUUUAAACUUGAUUUAACUACUUUGCUUAAUUCUUAUUUAGUGCUGUCGGGAUAUGUUCGUACUGGAAUAUUGAGACGACGUUGAUUGUCUUCGAGAUUCUGCCAUUCUUGAUUGUUUCUGUUGGAGUGGAUAACAUCUUUCUGUUUGUCCAAGCAUACCAGGUACGGGUUUUGUCGCAGUAGAUGAUGUAAAACAUGUUUUAGAGGCGAGAUCGACACGAUAUUCCGCUGAACGACCGAAUCUGCGAGAUCGCGGCCGAAGUAAUGCCGUCUAUGUUGUUAACAAGUACGGCUGAAGCUAUUUGCUUUUCUUUUGGUAGGUUCUUAGAAGGGUUUAUAGUAUAGGUUAGUUUAUGGAAAGGAUAAAUUACAGUAUACUCUAGUGGUGUUACUGUAGAAAUUUUAAUGUAUUUGUGGUUUAAAUUUACAGGAGAUAAUUAAUAUUGUUUUAGGUGCAAUAUCCGAGAUGCCAGCUGUUAGGACGUUUUCCUUGUUCGCUGCCAUUUCUAUCAUUACAAACUUCAUCCUUCAGAUUACUGUAUUCUUCUCAGCCUUUGUUUGGGAUGCAAUACGACAAGAAGAAGGACGUCUGGACAUGCUAUGUUGUAUCAAACUGCGACCAGAACGACCUUACAGGGAGAGUUAUAUGUAUAAUGUAAUUAAGAAUUUCAUAGCGCCUUCUAUUAUCAUCAAACCGGUCAGAAUCAUUGUUGUAAGUUAUAACUUUUACAGGGUAUUGUAAUAGCUGUUUGUCCGUUUUUUGGAUUUGUUUUAAUUUUAGAAAAUUAACAGGCCUUUAAAAAACUCAUAUGACUUUGUCAUUUCAGAUGGUAGUAUUCUUGUUAUGGUUUGCAAUAUCGAUUGUUAUUGUUGAUAACAUUCAGUUGGGUUUGGACCAGAAGCGGUCCGUCCCUGACGACUCUCAUGUAUAUAGUUAUUUCAAAGAUCUUGAGCUCAACCUUAAUGUAGGCCCUCCUGUCUUUUUUGUUCUCAAAGGAAGCUUUGACUACGGGGAUCCUCAGCUUCAGAAUCUGAUAUGUACGGGACAUGGAUGUAACACCGAUUCGUUGGGAGCUCAGAUCAACCGAGCUGCCAGAUAUCCGCAAUAGUAAGUUGUUUUAUCAAUUUAGGUAUGGUUAUGGGCGAAGUUUGUUUCUUAUGACUGAUUGGGUAUUCUAUAAUACAGUAUUACUGUAACAAACUUUUUAUUUGUGUUUUACAAUCAUAUGUUUUAGUUCGAAGAUCUCACAUCAAGUGUUCAAUUGGGUGGAUGACUACAUUGAAUGGCUACGGCCUUCUGUGAGUGGACGUUGUUGUCGUAAAUACAUUUCAAAUAAUACGUUUUGUUCUUCUUUAGGUAAGUAUCAUAUAUGAAACAAUCUGCCACAAUAUUACUUUAUAUUGAAUUAGGUAUUACUCUUUGCUUUUUUCACAACAUUAAAAAAGAAUGUACAAAAUUAUUUAAUUACAAAUAAGCCCUAUUUUUCAAGUAAAAUUGCUUUUUAGUAGCGGAAACUCUUUGCCAAACAUGUGAAAUCGAGUACAUUGAUGGCCGACCUCGGCCGGACCUGUUCUACACUCAUAUCAAGGGCUUCCUCGGUGACAACCCUUCCUUCCAUUGCCCCACAAGGUAAGGCAUUCUUCAUAUUGUAAUGAUGUUGAUGUUGUUUGUGAAAUGUGUGUGAAAUUUGAUGUUUAGUUUGCGUUUCAGUGGGCACACUUUGUACAGUAAUGCCAUCAAGUUCGCGAACAAGUCUGAUCGGAUCGUGUCAUCCCACUUCAUGACGUAUCACACUCCCUUCAAACACAUGUCCGACUACUUCCAGUCGAUGCAAGGGGCCAAGUUUCUGGCCAAGAACAUUACCAACUUUUUGAAUACAGAGCUCAGCUUGAUGGGGCACCCACCGGUCGAAGUAUUCCCUUACAGGUUGGUUUACUUUACAGCUUUUCUACUGACUUCAGCUUUUCUACUGACUUUUUGGCCAAAAUAAAGUACAUUACCUGUCUUAUCGUAAUCUCCAUUAAAUACAUACAGUCUUUUCAGUUUCCACUACAUCUUCUACGAGCAAUACGAAACUAUAGUAAAGGCGGCCAUCUUCCAACUCAUAUGUUCGGCCGUCUCUAUCUUCAUUGUGGCUGCCAUUCUUUGUGACAUGGACCCGUGGUCAGCGAUGAUUAUCACGAUUACUGUGGUGAUGAGUCUUAUCAAUCAGCUGGCUAUGAUGUACCUCCUUAAUAUCGACUUCAAUGCCAUAUCAGUAGUGAAUCUUAUCAUGUCCGUCGGUAUCUCUUUGGAGUACUCGGCUCACACAGUACGAGCGUUUGUCUCCAUCCAGCAUCCAUCUAGAAUUGAACGUGCUAAAGAGUCUCUUGCGCUAAUUGGGUGUACUGUAAGUCUUACAGUAUUGCACAUUUUGGUAACAUAUCGCUAUAAAACUAUCUAGGAAGAAUAUGUUAACAUUAUAUUGUGUUACAGAUCAUCAGUGGAAUCACUACAGCCAAGGGAGGCAGUCUUCUGAUUAUAUUGUUUUCACAUUCUAAGAUAUUCAACGUUUAUUACUUCCGUAUGUUCGCUAGCAUCAUCAUGGUUUGCUUUACUCACGGCCUCAUUCUACUCCCCGUGCUUCUCUCUUUCAUCGGUCAGUUUUGGUUUUGUUUCUUAUAAUUAUACGAGAAGUUAUUGGACGUAUAGUUAAGAGCCUGCUUCAGAUCUUAAUAGUGAUUCAAAACUAAUUAAAAUCGAUUUUAGGCCCUCCGAUGUCUAAAAAUCGACCGGAUUACUACGGCGCUCGCCGAUCACUGCCUCCGCGCAUUCCACAUAUAAUGGACGAAAAGGAUUCGGCUGUUCAACAGCAUCUAGUAGCACACGAUAUAGAGCAAUUGGCCGCUUAA